AUGAGUUUCCGAAAAGUUUGGUUUUGGGUUCGAAGAUGUCGGCCUCUGUGAAGCACAAGCAGGAUAACGCAGCGUUACUGUUCCUCGCUGCGCUCAGCCUGGCUCUGCUAACCGUCCUCACCGUGUGGAAGUUAAAACAGUUCAAAUACAGACUCAUAAAUGAAACUGGAGCCGCAAUGUUUUAUGGCAUGCUUCUGGGUUUAACAGCGAGAUGGUUGUGGUUUGAAGCGCAUGCGGAGAACGUCGAGAGCGUGUGCACCUGUCACGGUCUGAACAGCACGCCUCGCGUCUUGACGGUCAACACCACAACACACGAGCACUGCUACAGACGCGUUGGAAAAAUCAGCCAGCGAUGCUCACUGAUCUCAGCACCUCAUGCGGUAACUAUGGAGACCUUUGAUCCGGAGGUCCUUUUCAAUCUGUUCCUGCCACCCAUCAUCUUCCAUGGAGCUUACACCCUUAAUCAGAGACGAUUCAUUGAGAACCUGGGAUCUGUUCUCACCUAUGCAUUUUUGGGUACCAUAAUCAGCUGUAUGUGCAUCGGGGCCUGCAUGUACGGCUUCACCAGACUGAUGGUGCUGUUGGGCCAAGCAGCAGAUGGAGAAUUCUUCCUCACCGACUGCCUCCUGUUUGGGGCCAUUAUGUCGGCCACUGACCCAGUCUCAGUCCUUGGCCUGUUGUCAGAUCUGCGCGUGGACUUGGAUCUGCAUACCCUGCUGUUUGGCGAGAGCGUCCUGAAUGAUGCCGUGGCCAUCGUCCUGACACACGCCAUCACCACCUACGACCAGACGGGCGCCGUCUUCGAUCCCGCCGCCUUCCUUCGCUCUGCUGGACUUUUUCUUGGGGUGCUUGUUGGUUCCAUCCUCAUAGGUUUCAUAUUCACAGUAAUAACAGCCCUCCUCACUAAAUUCACUCGACUGCAUGAGAACCCCCUGCUGGAGACGUCAGUCUUCUUCCUGCUCUCCUGGAGCAGCUUCCUCUCAGCCCAAGCCGGUGGACUUUCAGGUAUUGUAGCAGUGCUGUUCUGUGGCUUAAGUCAAGCAAGAUACACGGUGCUCAAUUUAUCCUCUGAGGGCAGGACAAGGACCAAGCAGCUCUUUGAAGUCUUCAACUUCCUGGGGGAGAUUUUCAUCUUCGGCUACAUGGGAUAUGUAUUGUUGACGUUUCCUCACCAUGUCUUCAAAGCUGUCUUCAUUUCUGGGGCAUUUCUAUCCAUCUUUAUUUCAAGAGCAUGCAACAUCUACCCUUUGUCUUUCCUGCUGAACCUGGGCCGCACCAACAAGAUUCCCUGCGCCUUCCAGCACUUCAUGACGCUCGCAGGUUUGAGGGGAGCCGUAGCUUUCAGCGUAGCUUUCAGCCUGGCUGCAAGAGACGACUCCACAGAAGCUCGCCGCGCCAUCCUCACCACCACUCUGCUGCUGGUCGCCUUCACCAUCUGGGUGCUGGGUUCGGCUUCUGAUCCCGUGCUGCGGCGUCUGGACAUCAGAGUGGGGGUGGAUGCAGAUGAAAAUCCACAGGACCUGUCUUUAGAGGUUGCUACAGGGAGACCAGACACAACACGGGGCCUGUGGCACCGCCUGGACUACAAAUAUCUAAAGCCGCUGUUGACACACUGUGGCCCCCCGCUGACCGACUCACUGCCGCCGUGCUGCGGUGUAGUCGCCAGGCUCUUCAGUAGCCCCCAUGUGCAGGAGGAGCAGCUGUUUGAGACUGAACCAGAAGAGUGCACCUUCGAUUUGGAGAAAACAGAGAACCAGUUCAAAUCUGCAGGAGGUGACUGUGGAUCAGAGAACCAGGAGGACCUGGUGGAGGGAGACCUGGUGGAGGGAGACCUGGGCCUUGGCACCGUUCCAGCUCACAUCAGGGAAGCCUGAAGCUCCAGGAGUCACCUCUAACCCCGUCUUAUCAGCCCUUGUUGCCCCGACGCUAAGGCUCUGCCUCCCACGGUGAAUCGGGUCACUGGUCAGGGCAUCUGAAAGCAGCCAGCUGGGAGUCAGACUUAGUGUGGCUCCCAAAAGGUCACGCACCCCCCGUGUGCUGACAUGCAUACAGAGACACACUCACACAGGGAGAGAAAACAAUUACAAAGGCCGGUGCUGUUUCUGCUGCUCCGCUGACGGUUUUCUUGGCUUGAUUUGCUUUAAGAAAUGUAAUAGCUGACAUUUUAAAUAUCUGUCUGACCCAUGUGUACAAAGUGUACUUUCAACCCGACAACCAGAGCUAUAAUGGAACAGCUCUGGUUAAAAUGCAAUAUGUUGAGCAGCAGCUUCAUGCUACGUGGUUACGUAACAGCUUGGUUUCAAGCUUUAGGGAGAAUUACUCACCAACGUAUACUGUGAUUGAAUGCAACGGUCUUUCUCUUAAUCAGCUGAAAUGGUAUUUAUGUGCCAACUUUGCGUUGCUCCUCCCCAACCGCUUAUUAAACUUUUAUUGCACUGUUUCCUGCUACGCUCUUUUUAACUGAGUCAAAUGUGUCCCACUGAAUUUAUUACCCCCCUCAUCUCCCUUCACAUCUUGCUUAUCAUUCUGCACCACGCCAGAAUAUUUCCAAAUACUUAAGUGUAUUAACAGCAUUUGGAAAAGAGACUAUUAGCAUGUGGGUUCCCUCUGACUUCUUUAAUUAUAGAUUGCACUUUGCUGCUCUCUGAGUGCAUCAUUAUAAAUCUCAGGGCCCCUUUUCCCUCGAGUGAAGCGGGGUGUUGUGUACGGCACAAACACAAUCUGUGAAGGUUGGCCUUUGUGAAUAUGCAGACAGUUUGUCUGCUGUUAAUAAAGCCAUUGUCCUUGAAGUGAGAGCUUUCCAUUUUAUGUUGUGAAUGCAUGGGUGCAUUUAGGGAAUGCUUCUUGUUUGAAUUUUCGGUUCCUGCAAAAAAAAAAAAAGACAAUAUAUUGCCCUUAUUUUUGCAUUAAUGUUUGAAUGUUUUGUUCUGCGUAAAUGGGACUGAAUGCUAGCUACAGCCUUUCAUCAUGAGCCUUCAGAUUCAGAUGCUCAACCUGCAGUCCUCUUCUUAAAGGGACAGUUCACCCAAAAAAAAAAAAAGUAAUUUAUAUUUCAAAUACAUUACUAGUUCUCAUAUGAUUUGCUGAUAUUUAGAGCAACCACUAGUGUAAUGAAUCACCCGGGCACAAAGCAGCGCAUUAGUCUGUGACGCUCAACAAAUCAAAACAUCCAUCAUCCGACAUUUUAGAUUCUCAACGUCUCUAUUCACAUCUGUGACCAGAAAACUUAUUUUCAGUGUUUUCUUUGAGAACAGCUCGCUGAAGUCCGCCCACCAGGUACAGCAUCUGUUCCGGUACGCGGGAGGAAAAAACUGCUCACAACGAGGUUUUACAACUUCCCUGUGUGACUGUUGAAAGACUCGCUGGUGCAGCCUGUUGAGCUUCUCAAGUGGCACUGUGUUGUUUUGGGGGGGUAUGUUGAGCAUCACAAACUAAAUGCUGUUUGCUGCAGUGAGACGAAUACUGUGAAUGUCAGCAAAUCUGCACCACACUGUGUUAUUUAAUGAUGCAAUAAACUCAAUUUUAUGUGUGUU